GCCCAUCUUUGAUUUCCCAACCUCCAUUCCUCAGAUGAACCGGUAACAAAGCUGCCAACCAUGGCAGUCUCUUUUCUUGCACUUCUGUCCUGGUCCUUUGGGUGGAUUUACACCACCUGUUGGUCACUUUCUUUCUACCCGCAGCCGAUCCUCAACUUUCGUAGAAGCUCAACUAGUGGCUGUACCAUCGAUUUCCCUACCGUCAACAUUCUAGGUUUCGUCGCAUACUUCAUAUCGAAUGCUGCUUUCCUAUACUCGCCGCAGAUUAGGGGCGAAUAUGCUGCAAGACAUCAUGGGCUCGAACCGACGGUCAAGUUCAACGAUCUGGCCUUUGCUGCGCAUGCCGUGGUUUUAAGCGCUUUGCUUUUGACACAGUUUAUUCCUUCGCUAUGGGGAUUCAAGAAACGGUCCAGAAGAGAUCCUGGAGCAAGACCCAGCAAACCCAUUUUGGGCGUGUUCUUUGGUAGUAUCGUUGGAGUUGCGGUCGUCGCCGUGAUUGUCGCAGCUAGACACGACGAGGAUGUGAAGACAGGCUGGGCUUGGAUUGAUGUGAUCUAUGCAGUAUCCUACGUCAAGCUAUUUAUCACACUUGUCAAAUAUACUCCUCAAGUCAUCACGAACUAUAACAAUAAAUCAACAGUCGGCUGGUCGAUCGAAGGCAUCCUCUUCGAUUUCGUUGGCGGAAUUCUUUCUGUUCUACAGCUCGGUAUAGACAGCUAUCUACAAGGGGACUGGGCGGGAAUAACUGGGAACCCAGUCAAACUGGCCCUGGGCAAUAUCAGUGUAUUCUUUGACAUCAUAUUCAUCAUUCAACAUUACUUCCUAUACACGAAACAUGGCAAAACUUUAGAGGAACAUGGAGAGGUGGACCCUUUAUUGAGUGACAGAGACGAGAGGGUUGAAUAGACAACUGCAUGGGUGGCGUACAUUGGAUAUGAAGCGUAUGUAAGAUGUAUGUAGAUGGACAGUAAGAUUAGAUCCGAGGACGGUUGUCUGUAAAUGUAGGGUAUCUUCUUCUGCUCUUCGGAUGUUCUAGCAUAGAUGGCACAGAUAUAGAUAAACCCGACAUGUACGGAGUUACCUAAGUUUCAACCAACUCGAAGUUCCGUUUACUGCCCUGGAGUGCUUACACUGGUCGUUGAGAAGCCUACGAGAAUCGCAUGGCAUCAUAAUCUG